CCCGCGGAAUGGAGGCGGGUUCGGGCGCGGCUCAGAGCGAGGUAGAUCGGCUGCUGUAGCUGCCGCGGCGGUGAUCGAAGAGCGGCCGAACCCCUGCGACCCGUGGCGGACGUUCCGCGAUCCAAAUGUCCGGCUCGCGGAGCGAGGUGGGCGCACGGCUUGGGGCCACCGCUGCGGCUGGCAUGGAGCGGUGGCGGGACCGGCUGGCAUUGGUGACGGGAGCUUCGGGGGGCAUCGGCGCGGCUGUGGCCCGGGCUCUGGUCCAGCAGGGACUGAAGGUAGUGGGCUGUGCCCGCACUGUGGGCAACAUCGAGGAGCUGGCUGCUGAAUGUAAGAGUGCAGGCUAUCCUGGGACUUUGAUCCCCCACAGAUGUGACCUAUCCAGCGAGGAGGACAUCCUCUCCAUGUUCUCGGCUGUCCGCUCUCAGCACAGUGGUGUGGACAUCUGCAUCAACAAUGCUGGCUUGGCCCGGCCCGACACCCUGCUCUCAGGCAGUACCAGCGGCUGGAAGGACAUGUUCAAUGUGAACGUGCUGGGCCUCAGCAUCUGCACCCGGGAGGCCUACCAGUCUAUGAAGGAGCGCAAGGUGGAUGACGGGCAUAUCAUUAACAUCAACAGCAUGUGUGGUCACCAAGUGUCACCCCACUCCGUGAUCCAUUUCUAUAGUGCUACCAAGUACGCUGUCACCGCGCUGACAGAGGGACUGAGGCAAGAGCUUCGGGAAGCCCAGACCCACAUCCGAGCCACGUGCAUCUCUCCAGAAGUGGUGGAGACACAGUUCGCCUUCAAACUCCACGACAAGGACCCUGAGAAGGCAGCUGCCACCUACGAACGCAUAAAGUGUCUCAAGCCUGAGGAUGUGGCCGAGGCUGUCCUCUACGUCCUUAGCACCCCUCCACACGUCCAGAUUGGAGACAUCCAGAUGAGGCCCACGGAGCAGGUGAUCUAGUUUCCUGGGGGGCGCUCUGCCUUCCCUCCCUGCCCCUCACAGCUUGGUUCCUGCCUCUGGAUUUUAGGUGUUGAUUUCUGGACUCCUGGAUUCCGUUUCCUCUCCCCACCCCACCAGGGCCUAGAAAAUUCGAAGUUUUUAUAUCUUAUCA